AUGUCAUUCAGGCAGAAAGGUGGGGAAAAUUUGUAUCAAGCAUGGGAGAGGUUCAAAGGUCUUCUCAGAGAUUGCCCUCACCACCAUCAGAAAAAUGAAGUUCUGGCACACACAUUUAUUGAGAGUCUGGAUGCCCAACAUAAAUCGUCGCUAGACACUGCUGCAGGAGGGUUUACUCAGAGCACUCUAGAUUGGCAGGAUGAUGCAGCUAGCAGUUCAAUUAGAAAGGCACCGGGUGUUUUUGAAGUAGAUAAUUUUACAACACUAUCAGCACAGCUUGAUGCCAUGCGCACUGAAAUCAAGAAGUUAACACGUGCCAAGCAAGCUCCACCACGAUGCGUAGGUCAACAAGCCUUUAUUUUUUGUGAAGUACGCGGAGAAGGUCACAACAGUGAUGGAUGCCCUGCAAAUCCUGCAUCCAUAUACUUUGUGGGUAAUGCAAGCAAGGGGCAAGGAAACAACAAUCAACACGGGAAUUCCUACAACCCAAAUUGGAGAAAUCACUCGAAUUUCAGGUGGAGUGAUAACCCAGGUAAUCAGAAACAGAACUAUCAGCCAGCACCUGCUCCUCAAGCACCCACGAACAGUAUAGAAGAGAUGACGAAAAAGAUGAUAGGUGAUAUGCAGAAGAUGAUGAUAGACCAGCAGAAGUUGAUAGCAGAUAAUCAGAAUCACGAUCUGACUGUGGGAAAUUUAGAGAGAGAACUAGAGGAAGUGACUCCGAACAAAACCAGUCGAGUAGAAGCUGAAAAAGAGAAGAUUACCGAGGAGAUGAUUGAAGAAGAGAGGGUAAUCAAGACACCAGUGGCAAAGCAGCCACAGCCCGUGGUUGAAAAGCCACCACCUCCAUUCCCUCAAUGUUUGGGAAGACAGAAAGAAGAGGCCACUUACAAGAAGUUUCUUGAUUUGCUUAAGCAGAGCCGAUUUACAGAGUAUGCCACUGUUGCACUUACUGAGGAGUGCACUUCGCGGAUUCAAAAUAGGUUGCCUACUAAAUUGAAAGAUCCCGAAAGUUUCACGAUUGAGAUUUCUAUUGGGAAGCAGGUUGUUGCUCGAGCACUAUGUGAUCUUGGUGCAAGUAUAAAUUUGAUGCCUUCAUCUAUCUUCAGGAAGCUAGGUUUAGGAGUACCCAGACCAACCACUAUAGUUCUUCAGCUGGCGGACAGAUCGUUAGCAAAGCCCGAAGGCAUCAUUGAAGAUGUAUUGGUGCAAGUGGGGUCGUUGAUAAUUCCUGCAAGCUUCGUGAUUUUGGACUUCAAGCCAGACCCGGAAGUCUCAUUUAUUUUGGGGCGUCCAUUCUUGGCCACAAGGAGAGCACUUAUUGAUGUAGCUACUGGGUAG